AUGGCACAAAAAGAAGUUCUCGUUGCAAAACCACCUUCUACUACAACCACUACUGCAAAUCGUAACUCUGAAGCUUCCAAUAGUCGCAAUGAAAAAGACAACCUAGCUUAUUUAGAUGACUAUCUAGAUACCAUUGAAGCCCUUCCCAUGGAGCUUCAACGCAAUUUUUCACUCAUGCGUGAGCUUGACAACUAUGCUCACACUUCAAUGGAAAAAGUUACACAGCAGGCAAUCUAUUUAAUAAAUAAUUUACAAUCCCUAACACCUGUUGAGCGAAAAGAGCAACUGCAAAAGCUUGGUAAUGAAAUGAACGAAACCCUGAAAAAUGGAGAAGAGAAAGUUUCUUUGGCAACUUCAACUUAUGACACGGUUGAUCGUCACAUUCGACGUCUGGACGACGACUUACAAAAAUUCGAAGAUGAACAGAUGACUGGACCUGGUAGGAUCAAUGCUACUGUUACAGCCAAUGUCACAAAGGAGGAGACAGUUCGUCACAAGAAUUUAAAGAAUGAAAAGGAGAAAAAGGAAACUUCUAGAGCAGAAAGGCGAAAUCAACAAGCGCAAGAUGCGCCAGCGCCUAAAAGGAGAAAGACUGUCAAAGAAGUCGGUACACCACCACCAACCAAUACGCGAGGAGGACACGCAGACAAGGAACGAGAAAAGACGAAACCCAAGGCUCGCAGAGAUCCCUCUAACAAAACGACAAAACCAAAGACUAGCAAGAGCAACAACAACGCAAAUAACAGCACAAACAAUAACACUGUACAGCCAAACGACAUGCCAAUUGAUCCCAACGAGCCUGUUUACUGUUAUUGUCAACAAGUUAGUUUUGGUGAAAUGGUUGCCUGUGAUAAUUCAGAUUGCAAGAUCGAAUGGUUCCAUUAUCCGUGCGUGGAACUUAAGGCGCCACCAAAAGGGAAAUGGUACUGUAAAGAAUGCACGGAAAAACUUAAAAAACAGCGUCGAUAA